AUGGCGUUCACCGUGCCCGUUGGUAGUGGCGCGGCUAUAAUCCCUUGCGGCAACACCACCGCAACCACUCGCUACACCCGUCUCAUUCCUUCGUCAAAUCGAACGCCAAGAAAUCAUCUCCACGUGGUGUGCGCGAAGAAGUUCUCCUCCGAGUCGCAUCCUUUCAGCGCUGCAACCGAACCGCAAGCCACGGAGGAGAUCGAAGACGACGAGGCCCUGGACGAGGAAAUCGCUGCCCUCUACAAGAAGAUGUCCGGCCUUCUCCGGGAGGAACCCGAUUUCUGGGAAGGACCGCAGUGGGACUGGCUCGGCACGUUCAUCAAGUAUUCCUGGAUUAUUGGCUUCGGUGUCGCGGUAGUUGUGUGUCUGUAUGGUUGCUUUACAUUUCAUGAACCACCAAAAGAAGUUAGGGAAGAGAUGGAAAGAAAGUAUGGCGUGAGAUCAGGUGUGGAAACCAGUACAGACUCUAACAGAGAGUCUAGCACAGAAUCAAGUGCAGAAUCCAAGACGGAGUCCAGUGAUGUUUUUGAGGAGUCUGAUACAUAUGAUUCUGAUGUAUUUGAUUCCAAUCCAACAGAAGUUGCUCCUCUUCUGAAGUAG